UGUGUGUGUGUGUGUGUGUGUGUGUGUGUGUGUGUAUAUAUGUGUGUGUGUCUUCAGGGUGUCGCAGUUUGGUUCAGAACAGUUUCGUAAUUCAUCCCUCGCAUCACUGAAAGAAGGAAGUGCAGCCAUGGCGCAGGGGCUCAAAGAGAGGUUUGAAAAGUUCCUGCAUGAGAAAAAUCUCAUGACCGAUGUUCUGUCGAAAAUCGAGGCGAGAACCGGAGUGAGCAGGACGUACAUCGCUCUGGCUGUGGUCGGUGUGAUCGCGGUGUAUUUGGUGAUCGGUUAUGGAGCCUCCCUGCUGUGUAACCUCAUCGGCUUUCUGUAUCCUGCCUACAUAUCGAUUAAGGCGAUUGAAAGUGCGACCAAAGAGGACGACACUAAGUGGCUCACGUACUGGGUGGUGUACGGACUCUUCAGCGUGGCCGAGUUCUUCGCUGACAUCUUCCUCUCCUGGUUCCCCUUCUACUAUAUUGGAAAGUGUGCCUUCCUCGUGUGGUGCAUGGCUCCCACUCCCUCCAACGGAUCGGAUAAGAUUUACAACCGCAUCAUCCGGCCGUUUUUCCUCAAGAACGAAGGCAAGAUCGACGACGCCAUGAAGAACAUCAAGGACAAGGCGACAGAAGCUGCCGACAAGUUCAAAGAUGAGGCAAAGAAAGCCACAGCAAACAUCAUGUUCGAGGAGAAGAAGAGCUCGUAAGGAGGAGGCGUGGCGUCUGCAGCGAGGUCCUCUGGAGCCGACUCUGUUACAGAUCUAAUGUUGCCUUUAAUGCUUGUUUUUAAGAUCGUAUGUUCAGUACGUGUAGCCUUUCACCUGUAUCUAUAUUAAAGCCAUUCCCCGGGUCAGUUCACUUAUUUAAGGUCGCCCUCUGGAGGGCUGAGAGAUAUCUGUACGCUGGUCCUGAGACACUUCAUGAACCAAAUAAAAACUAACUGGCUGAAGAA